AUGCUUGGUUCAAUGAGCACAAAUUAUACAAAUACGAUCAAAACAACUAUAAGCGAUGUUUGCAUUACACACAAUGGUAAUUGGACUGAUGAGAAACCAUAUGAAGUGAAAUCACGUGAAUUGUGCCCAGAAAAGCAGAAUAUUCCUAAAGACAGUUUUCAAACGAUGCGUGAUAAUAAACAGCGUGCACCAUUAUCAAUAGCGAAUGUCAACCACAAAUUGUCAUCGACCGGUUCAAGUGGAAGUAGAGUUCAUGAACGACGCCCAAAUAGUCAGUGUGUUCCUACAAAUCUUAUUCAAAAUAAUCUUUUUAAUACCAAGAGUAUAUACGGAAAGAAAGCUUUACACAUGCUUUUAAAGAGCGUUCGUAGUGGAAGUGGGCUUGGCUAUGUACAAGGACAGCAUAAUAAUAGAAGAGUAUGA